UCCAUCUCCAAGGACAGAAAUCCUUCACAACAUAGAUCCAAUAUCGAAGACUGCUGCAUUAAGGAUAGGUAGCUACAAAAUAAUAAUGGGUGAAGAUGCAGGUGGACAUUAUGAUGGAUGGUAUAAACCAGAUGACAUCAACCAAGACAGAGGGAAUACAAUAUAUUGGUAUUCUAGCAGUAAGCUACGUGUUGACUGUGGACCCAAACCUGAGAAUGCUUCAGAAAAUUGUAAACCGAAAGACAAUGUAUGCUUAUAUGAUAUUGCGGAAGACCCAUGUGAAUAUAUCAACAUCGCUGAUAAACAUCCAGAUAUUGUACAGCAUAUGUUGAAAGUCUUAAGUCAGUACAAUGUGACAGCAGUGGCACCAAUGAACCCAGGUUUUGAUCCUGCAGCUAAUCCUGCCAAUCAUAAUGGUGCGUGGGUACCAUGGGUGAAUUCAUCAUCACCAGAAGAUAUAAGGAAAUAUGGACUCCAUUAACACUUACUUGCCAUAGCUCUCAAUUUCUUCCAAGAGAGAACUGACACUAAAUCAUUCAACCUCAUAGUGGCAGUGCAACUAAGAAGUUGUACUACUGUUCAAUCAACAGAAAUUAUUUUUUUUAAUAAUUUUUUUAUUAUAUUUUAUACAUAAAGAAUAUCUCAUGAAUGAC